AUGACAACUGCACCUAUACUUAAAUCAGGUUUACAAAAAGAAGUAAUAGAUUUUUAUCGACAAUGUUGUAGGGCUAUAAGAAAAAAAUCAACUGAGACAAGACCAAGAUUUCAGGAAUUUGUUCGUAUUCAAUUCAGGCAACAUAAAAUCUCAUCAAAAGAUCAUUCAGCUAUAGAAUAUUUAUUAAGACGAGGAAAAAGACAAUUAGAAGCUUAUCAAGAUGAUAGUAUAAAGGAUGUUACAUUAUAA